AUGAGACAUAUGCUUCGUUUGUGUAUCAGGACUCCUUACACAAAUUUCCCCAUCUUCUUCCCAAAUCGCGACAUCAUGGUUGAACAGUCUUUGGCAGGCAGAGUUGCUCUUGUGAGUGGCUCGGCGUGGAGCAUCGGUGCGGCCGUAUGCGUUGAGUUGGCUUCUAAGGGCGCGUUAAUCGUGUGCAAUUAUCCCUGGGAGUCUCAGAAAAAGGAUGCGGAAACUGUCCUUGAGCAAUGCCGUGCAACCAAAGGCGCGUCAGCUGAAGAAUCUUUCGCUGUCGAGGCGGAUUUAUCGACGCUCGAAGGACCUCAGAAACUUGUCGACGAGACCAUCGCUCGCCUCGAUGGCCGCAAGAUCGAUAUUCUCAUCAACAAUGCCGGUAUUGCGAUCAUGAGGCCUCUCGUUGAAGUGACGCUCGAUCAGUGGGAUAAGCAAAUCAACCUGAACUGCAGGGGCAUGAUGCUCUUGACGCAAGCCGUGCUGCCUCACCUUUCCAAGAAAAACUGCCGCAUCGUCAAUUCAAGCAGCGUUGGUGCACGUCUCGGGAUGCGGGGAUCGACAAUUUACAAUGGCACCAAGGCCAUGGUGGAAGCAUUCACGAGAUGUUGGGCAGUUGAGUUUGGGCGUGAGUACGACUGUACUGUCAACGCCAUCUGCCCCGGGCCGACCAAUACCCACGGGUUCAACCACGCGGGCGAAAAGUUCCUUGCAAGUCUUCAACCGGUACUGGAUGCAACUCCCAAAGCCGCUCGAGUGGCAGAGCCGUCAGAAAUUGCAGGGGCUGUCGGCCUCUUGUGCGAAGAAAAGGCGGGAUGGGUCACUGGAGUGUGUCUGGGUGUGAAUGGCGGUUUCCACAUGCCUUAG